CUGGCUUGACAAUAGUCCCUGCCAUUUCCUGCUGUUUCUCGGAGAAAUAUGCGCCUCUUCCCCGUUGACACCACCCGAGUGAACAGCCGGCUACAUCCCUGACCCGUGAUGCCCUCACCACCUCGACCUUACCCCAACCAGCCACGCUGCCAGGGCCACCGCAUAGUGACAUGGCUUUGUGAUUCGCCCAUGCCUCCUGGCAACUCCCGGCACCAUUACACCAAAGCGGCCGUCUCGAGGGCCAUUAGGCCGAGGGUGCGACUUGACAUUCAAUCCCACGCUGCUGGUGGGCGGGGAGUCACUCGUUCAUAUAUUCAGCAUGCAGUUAUAUAAUGCUCUCACUUGCCCUACAACUCAAGGGUGAAGUAAUGAAUUUGUUCAUCACGCCUGUUUCGAGAGCGUUGGACACGAUGGGCCUUCAAAAGAUGAUACCCUUGGCCAUGGCCGCAACAUCAGCAGAGGCUGUGAAAUACAGUCUCUACGGUGCUGCGAUCGAGGCAAGCCAGCCUUUCAGUGAGGCUUUCGUGAGCUAUUCGAUCGAGUUCUCAUCCUUCCCGGACUUUGCUGGAAACGACUCAAACCCAAACACCUUCUCUGACAACCUCUUGAACAAUCUUGGCCAGCUUCAAGGCACAAAGCCAUACGUCCGUGUUGGCGGCAACACCCAGGAUAUCUACCUCUAUAACGCGUCCCUGGCCUAUGCGCUCAACGGCACCUUUGACUACUCCCGGUCGAGCGACUAUCCCACCAUCAUUUAUAUCGGGCCAUCCUACUUUGAGUCGUACAACCAGUGGCCCGGCGUCAAGUUCACCCACGGCUUCAAUCUCGGCCAGGGCGGUAACAACUCAGCCGGCUGGCAGACCCUCGUCGAUACUGUGCCUUUGGCAUGCAAGGCCCUGGGACCCGAGAAGCUCGACGUCUGGGAGUAUGGCAACGAGCCGGACCUAUUUUCUACAAGCACUCAGAACCGGAUUCGUCCACCCGAUUGGAACGAGACUACAUACGUGGACCAGUGGCUCAACGGGACCCGUGAGAUCCGGGCUCGUCUUGAGGACGCCUGCCCAGAGCUGUUGGAAGAUGAUCUUUAUGGCUACAUGGGUGCAUCGAUCGCAGGGUUCAACAAUACCCUCAAGGUCCCGAUCGUAUGGGAUCUCGGGAUCAAUCGAGACGAUACGAUCAAGUUAUUUUCUACCCACAACUACAUCAGUGGUGCCGAGUCACCCGGCGUCACCCUUCAGGGAACGCUGAUGAACCACACAGUGACAGUCGCCUCUGUUGACCCACACAUCGACGAAUACAACAGAGCCACGAACAACACCGGGUCGCCACCUCUGAUCUUCGGCGAGGCGAACUCCCUUUACCACCAGGGCAAACCAGGCCUGUCCAACACCUUCGGCGCCGCCCUGUGGGGCAUCGACUUCAACCUGUACAGCGCCUCGGUCGGCUUCAAGCGGAUCCACAUGCACCAGGGGACCAACUACCGGUACGGCUUCUGGCAGCCCAUCCAGACGGCCAACGCCACCGUCGGCACCAAGGCGCCGUACUACGGGAGCAUCGCCGUGGCCGCGUUCCUGGGGGACAUGACCCAGACCCCCGUCAGCAUCGCCAACAUCCCGCUCGCCAACGACACCGAGGCCGGCUACGCCGCGUACUCUGCCGACGGCGGCGAGCUGCUGCGGGCCAUCGUGAUCAACAUGAACGCCUACAACACCACCAUAAACGGCACGGGUCUCGGCGCCAGCCCCGACGCCCCGGCCCGGGUCUCGCGGACGUACACGUUUGACGUCUCGGGCGGGGGCCUGGCGGCCGGGGACAGGGUCGCCGUGCAGAGGCUGUAUGCGAACGGCAGCGACGCCAUCACGGGCAUCACGUGGGACGGGUGGAGCUACAACUACGAGCUGGACCAUGGGCGGCCCGUCAGGCUUGACAACGUCACGGUCGGCGAGUACGUGGUGGUGGACGAGGACGGGACGGUCGAGGUCAGCGUGCCGGACUCGAGCGCCGCGGUGCUGAGCCUUACUGGCAACGGCACGGUGCCGGGGUCUGCGUGA